AGUACAACCUGCGCGAGUAGCCAUAGCGCCAGAGCGAGUGUGGCAGUGGAUUUUUUUGAGAAAACGGACGUGUGAGUGCCCUUAUAUUGGAAAUCUGUUGAUACUAAUAUGUCGCUUCGGUAUCCCUUUCUGUCCCGUACCAAUAUUGUUCUAAACAGUGGAAAAUUCAGUGGCGUACAACUGGAGACUGCUAUAGUGCGUUAGAACAGAAACCCCACCGAAUGGUUCAUCCAAUAUUUACUAAUGGUUUUCAGUUGUGGUGCAUAGAUAGUGUAGUUAUUAAAUGUCCAGUUUGAAGUGCGAGGUGCUACUCCAUUAGUAUUCGAGAUGUAUUUGUUUAGCAGACUUGUUCUACUUUCUUUUACCUCUCUAAUAAUAAAAGCACGAUGCCAACUGUCUGACAAUACUCCCCCUUUGGUACUCAUCGAUAGAAACUGGUAUAUUAGAGAAAACGAAACUAUCGGAAGAAGGGUUGCUCAAGCCCGUGGGCAGGAUGAAGAUGGAGAUCCCAUCACGUUCGGUUUGGAAUUGAAAGAUGUAGGUGACGGAAGCAUAGGACCUAACACGAAAUUGCCCUUCAGUAUUGACAGCGAAACAGGAACAGUUUAUUUGGAGGAGUCUUUACAAGGAAAGGCUGGACAGGUACUACAUUUGUGGGUUACCAUAUUUGACGGCAAACUCUCCUCCAAAACGGAAGUCAACGCAUACAUCUACGGUGCCAAAGAACGCUACAACCCUUCACAACCAGAACGUCCCCCUCCGUUGUUCAACAAUGGUGGUCUUUCAAAUUUUCCUGGAUUUCCCUCCAGGUCGACACAGCCGAAUCCCUUCAACCAGCCUAGAAACAAUUAUCCUUCAUUCAUCCCUAAACAGCAGCACAACUCUUUUACCCCUCAAUCAAAUGUUCCACCUGAAGAUUUUCCUUUGCAUGUACCACCAAAAGACACCACUCUUCUGAAGCCUGUGCAGGUGAAGAAGCCCGAUGUUAUCAGCAGCACUACUAAGAAGACUGAGGCCUCAACUAGAGCGGCUACCGAGAAAUCCACUGAGGAGCUCACUGAGACUACGAAUCAAUUGGCUACCCAAACACAGUCUGUCAAACCAAACGAAGUCACUGCCACUGUGAUUCCUGUGAUAUCGGUCAUUGCCGUUUUUCUGGCCAUUGGCAUUUUUGCUGUGAUUUUCAGGAAGAAGAUAUGUUUGGGACAACCAAGUGACACUAAAGAUGACAUGAGAAAAGAGUCCUCCGGUGGCGUGGUACUCCAAGAGGACUCUGGACUCAAUCUUCAUGAAUGGAGAGGUCCUAGAGCCUAUAACAAUCGAUAUGAGCCUUGGCAGACUGACAAUCACACCCCGAUCGACCAUCAAUUAUCAGGAACCAUAAAAAAACCCGACCACUGGGAAUAUCCUAGACAUCGCUUGAAGUUUUUUAACAUUUUAGGAGAAGGAGCAUUUGGACAAGUUUGGAAAUGUGAAGCUUUGGAUCUAGAAGGUACACAAAGCGGAGUGACGGUAGUCGCAGUGAAAACUCUAAAGGAAAAUGCGAACGAAAAAGAAAGGUCCGAUCUUAUCUCGGAACUACAAGUUAUGAAAAUGCUCGAACCUCAUCCCAAUGUCGUCAGAUUACUGGGAUGCUGCACAGAUAAGGAGCCUAUUUUUCUCAUUAUGGAAUUCAUAAGCAAAGGAAAGCUGCAGAGCUAUUUGAGGAACUCGAGGGCGGAGAGAUAUUACAAUAACAUGCACGGACAUAGCAGGUCUCUAACAUCGAGAGAUCUGACUUCUUUCGUGUAUCAAGUAGCGAAGGGGAUGGAGUUUUUGUCUAAUAAUGGGAUAAUCCACCGAGAUCUAGCAGCCCGCAACAUUCUCAUCACGGAGGAGCAUACAUGCAAAGUAGCCGACUUUGGAUUUGCCAGGGACGUAAUCGCUUCCCACGUUUAUGAGCGCAAAAGCGAGGGCAGGCUUCCCAUCAGGUGGAUGGCUCCGGAAUCUCUCUAUGACAACAUAUUUACGGUCAAGUCGGACGUGUGGAGCUUUGGAGUUCUCAUCUGGGAGGUGGUCACGUUGGGAAGUACGCCGUAUCCUGGGAUGUCGGCGGUGGAAGUCAUGAAGAAGGUCCGAGAUGGUUUUCGUUUGGAUAAACCAGAACACUGCCGAAGAGAACUAUACAACAUUAUGUACUACUGCUGGGACAAGGACCCCAAACAGCGGCCCUCGUUCACAGAGUGUUUAGAACUUUUAGAGAAAUUAUUGAUGAGUGAAACAGACUAUAUCGAAUUAGAACGAUUUCCCGAUCACUCCUACUAUAAUAUGAUGGGACUGAGUGGGGAAAAAUUAUAAGUACUAGUAGCUAUUGUAUUUAGUGUGUAUAAAAGACUGUUUAUUCCAAUUCCAGUGACCAGAAUUAACUUAUGUAUUUUUGUUGAUAUUUUUAUUUUGACAUAUAUAUGCAAUCAAUUGAAAA